AUGUCCCCCACCACGGGCUGCAUCAGCAACUGCACCCAGUGCGGGCAGACGACCGUCAGGCCGCUGCAGUUUGACGACCACGCAUGGUUGCCCUCCCUCCGCGCCGGCAACCAUCCUUCGCCUAGCGAAAGCGCUACGCUCGAAGACGAGACGCGCAUGCUCAAGGACUAUGUCAAACAAAUUCAGGCGGAGGAAAUCAAAGCCCAGCAACGCCUUGCGGAUCUGCAAUCCAUGCGCGAGAAAGCCGAACGCGACAUUGAGCGCCGUUCGUCGUAUCUGCUCUCGCCCAUUCGGCGCCUCCCAGACGAACUGCUCUCCGAGAUAUUCCUCCACAUUUUCCCCUUCCCAACCACUCUCAAGUUCAGUGGUCAUCCACCCUUCCCGACGUUCCUGCGUCCCACCUACUUUGCACCACCAUACGUCUGUUCCUGGUGGCGCGAUGUCGCUACUCGCACGCCCAAGAUGCAACCGCUGAUCGAGUUCGACCUGGCGAACCAGGCAAUGCCUCGAAAAUACGUCGGUGUCGACGGUGGUGUGGCCAGACUGCCGUACGCGCACCUUCGCUUGCGCAUGUGCAACAUUCUCGACCGCACCAAUGCACCCCCUUGCCCAGAGGCCCUCGCCUCCCUUCGCACACACUCCACACGUUGGCAAGAGCUGGACCUGUCCUAUCCCUCAUGGCACGUCAUCGAGCACAUCGGCACGCGUCUACCACUCCCCCAGCUCGAGAAGCUGAAUCUGUCACUCCCCAACACCGGCUCGUCCAUGCCAUAUUACAGUUUCGAACAAGGGCAACAGAGAAGCUGGUGGGACGACGCGAAUGCCUCCGAUAACCCAUGCUUAUUCGGGAAUGCCCCGGCGCUACGUUCGCUGGGAUUAUACAAUCGCAUGGGUAAAGCCAUCACAAAGCUGCCCUUCUCCCUUCCCUGGCAGCAGCUCACCGAGCUCUCUGUCAACCCUCACAUCGCCGCCGAACUCUGUGUGGACACCCUCAACCAAUGCACCUCCCUGCAAAAAUUCGCACUUCGCGACAAUCCAAAGAGGAGCGGAUGGUACCUAACGCCGCCAGCCACGACGAAAACCUGCGUCUUCCACGGCACCCACCUCGCUAUCGAGGUCGGAGAUUUGAACAACGCCGCCCCCUUCCUCAACGCCCUCACCGCGCCCUCCAUCACGCACUUCACCUUCUCUCCCUUCAAAGGCAAGGAGCUCAAGUCCCUCCUCAACUUCUUCGAGCGCUCGCAAUGCAGCGUGACGCACCUGGAGCUCCUGACCUCCUCCCCGCACCCCUCAACAGCCGACCUGGAGGCCCUCCUCGCCUACACCCCGCGUCUACAAUACCUCCAGCUCCGCCUCGGCGACGACUGGCAGGUCAUCGAGGUCGCGGACCGCCACCGCGGGCGCGCGCUCCUCGAGACGCUCUGCAGGCUGCGGCGCUCCGGCCGGCUAUCGCACCUGCAGGUCCUCAAGUUCGCGAGCCCGGACUUUUACGAGCAGCACGUCCUGACGCACCUUAUACCGGCGUUCGUGAGGGAGGAGCCACCGCUGCGGCAGUUCUGGAUCGAGACGCCGCUCAAGUCGGAAAGGAUUUGGGAGGAGCUGCUGCCGGAGCUGAUGGAGAGGGUCGAGCUGUAUGGCGUGCAUGAUUCGUUUGAGCUAGCUGGACCGCCCAUUGUGGUGGGAGAACCUAGGACCCUCAGCGAGAUGCUUCUAUACGAGUCGCGCGAGUAUGGCUCGGACUCGGACUGGGAUGACAAGAGCGAUUCGGAGGGCGGGGUUGAGUACGGCGCGUUCGACGGGUACUUCUGA